AUGGACAACCAUCUGGGCCAAGGAGACCACCGCCGCACUCCGACCCACGCUGGAGAUGGAGACCACUCAUCUUCUUUACGUCACCGUGUAGCCCCCCGGGCUUUUGAAGAUUGGGAACAUCUCCACCUCCCUCCCCAGGGUUUCUUUGCCCCGCAGGUGGUCUUCCCUCCCCAGGGUUUCUUUGCCCCGCAGGUGGUCUUCCCUCCCCAGGGUUUCUUUGUCCCGCAGGUGGUCAUCCCUCCCCAGGGUUUCUUUGCCCUGCAGGUAGACGACCCUCCCCAGGGUUUCUUUGCCCCGCAGGUGGUGAUCCCUCCCCAGGGUUUCUUUGCCCUGCAGGUGGACGACCCCCCCCAGGGUUUCUUUCCCCCGCAGGUGGACGACCCCCCCCAGGGUUUCCAUCCCCCGCAGGAGGAGGACCCUCCCCAGGGUUUCCAUCCCCCGCAGGUGGAUUACCCUCCCCAGGGUUUCCAUCCCCCGCAGGUGGACAACCCUCCUCAGGGUUUCUAUCUCCAGCAGGUGGAUUACCCUCCCCAGGGUUUCUAUCUCCAGCAGGUGGAUUACCCUCCCCAGGGUUUCUAUCUCCAGCCGGUGGAUUACCCUCCCCAGGGUUUCUUUCCCCCGCAGGCGGAACUCCCUCCGCAGGUGGAUCUCCCUCCGCAGGCGGUUCUCCCUCCGCAGGCGGUUCUCCCUCCACAGGUGGAUCUCCCUCCGCAGGUGGACCUCCCUCCGCAGGUGGACCUCCAUCCGCAGGUGGACCUCCCUCCGCAGGUGGAUCUCCCUCCGCAGGUGGACCUCCCUCCGCAGGUGGACCUCCCUCCGCAGGUGGAUCUCCCUCCGCAGGUGGAUCUCCCUCCGCAGGUGGACCUCCCUCCGCAGGUGGAUCUCCCUCCGCAGGUGGAUCUCCCUCCGCAGGUGGACCUUGCGGAUCCUCCUACUGCAGCCGGCCCUUCCCCUCCUGUUUCUCCUUUUCUUUCCUCCCCCUCACGUCCUGCCUCUCCCUUUUCUCCCUCUACGCCUUCCUCGUCUUCUUUUUCUGCCUCUGAUUUCCAGAGCCUUGAGGAGUUCCUGGACAUUUUUGUGCAGACUCUGGAUCCAGCUCCUGCCUCCCCCACUGUUGCUCCUAUUCAGGUCCGUCCAAUCAUUGGUGCAUAUGUCCCCUCUCCUCCUGGCAGUGCUCCUUCUUCUCCCCUUCUUGCCUCCCCCUCACACUCUUCCUCUCCAGAUUUUAACACUGCUUCUCCCACUCCCUCUUCUUCCCACAAACGUAGCAGGUCCGAGUGCUCCCCCGAGAACAACUCCAAGAGGCAGCGCCGCUCGUCUCCUGCUCCCUCUUCUUCCUCCCGCUCCCCUUCCUUGUGA